CCUCUAGGAGACCCCCAAAUCUCAUGUCCAAGCGAGUUGUGUCCCAAUUCACUUAAACUCCCUCCCCCGAAGAGUCCCCUCCCUUCAGUGGGGUCCCGCCUUCUUAUACAGCCCUAGGGUCCUUAAACCAGCCUGUGGCCCCUUCCUUCCCUCGCUUCCCACACUUGGGGCCAGUUCCUCUCCUUCCCCUCCCCCCUCAGUCCCCGCCUUUCCGGGAGCCUCGUGCCAGGGUCUUUGCCCUAGGCAUCCAGGAGCUGGAGGGGGCGGGUCCGGGUCCCCUCCCUCCUACCCUGCAGAGGAGGGGUAUAAAGAUCUAGGGAGCACGCGCUGUGUCCACCGCAGGGUCCGGAGGCGCAAUGGUCACUCGGGAUCGAGCUGAGAAUAGGGACGGCCCCAAGAUGCUGAAGCCGCUGGUGGAGAAGCGGCGCCGGGACCGCAUCAACCGCAGCCUGGAAGAGCUGAGGCUGCUACUGCUGGAGAGGACCAGGGACCAGAACCUCCGGAACCCGAAGCUGGAGAAAGCGGAGAUCCUGGAGUUCGCCGUGGGCUACUUGAGGGAGCGCAGCCGGGUGGAGCCCCCGGCGCCGGCUGCACCAGGGGCUCCCCGGUCCCCAGGCCAGGACGCCGAGGCGCUCGCCAGCUGCUACCUGUCGGGUUUCCGCGAGUGCCUGCUUCGCCUGGCGGCCUUUGCGCACGACGCCAGCCCGGCCGCCCGCUCCCAGCUCUUCUCCGCGCUGCACGGCUACCGGCGCCCCAAACCGCCCCGGCCCGAGGCCGUCGAGCCCGGGCUCCCAGCGCCGCGCCCACCGCUGGACCCCGCUUCGCCCAUCCUCGGCCCCGCGCGGCACCAGCGCCCCCCCGCGCACCAGGGCCCCCCUAGCCCCCGCUGCGCUUGGUCCCCGUCCCGCUGCUCCCCUCGCGCCGGGGAUUCCGGCGCGCCGGCGCCCCUCACCGGACUGCUGCCGCCGCCGCCGCCGCCUUACAGACAAGACGGGGCGCCCAAGGCCCCGCCGCUCCCACCGCCCGCCUUUUGGAGACCUUGGCCCUGA